GCCCUGCACUCAGGGAUCCCUAUUUUGUCGCCCCACUACCCCCUCGCUCCCCCGGCCGCCGAGAGGGGCGCUGUGUCGAGUGCGGCCCCCUCAAAGCAUCGUCCUGUGCUAAAGGACUUGAGAGAAAGAACUACCAUAGGAUGGUGAGCUGGAAGUGGGAACCUAUAGGCAAAGUACUGAUUAGGAUGAAUGUGAUUUGGAGAAAUUCUGUUUCCUGUCUACGGAUAAGAAAGGUGCCACACAGAUACCAAAGUAGUUAUCACCCAGUGGCCCCUCUGGGAUCAAGGAUUUUAACUGACCCAGCCAAAGUGUUUGAACACAACAUGUGGGAUCACAUGCAAUGGUCAAAAGAAGAAGAAGCAGCAGCCAGAAAAGAAGUUGAGGAAAACUCAGCUGUGAGAGUCCUUCUGGAAGAGCAAGUUAAGUAUGAAAGCGAAGCUAGUAAAUAUUGGGACACAUUUUACAAGAUUCAUAAGAAUAAGUUUUUCAAGGAUCGUAAUUGGCUGUUGAGGGAAUUUCCUGAAAUUCUUCCAGUUGAUCAAAAAACUGAAAAGAAGAUGAAAGAAUUAUCAAGGGAUCACAUAAAAACUAAUGCUGCAAAUUGUUUUUCAAGAAUGCACUGCCCUAGUCUGCCUGAAUUAAAAAGUCAUUACAAGAAAAGUUCUAGCUCGUCAGAUGGGCAAAGCAAAGCAGUGUCUGAUUUUUCCAACCUGGACUCGGAAGAACACAGAAAAGGACCUCUGAAGGCGGAGUUGUUUCCUGGUAGCAAUGCCACUUUCAGAAUCCUAGAGGUUGGCUGUGGUGCUGGAAAUAGUGUUUUUCCAAUUCUGAACACUUUGCAGAAUGCUCCAGAGUCCUUUCUGUAUUGUUGUGAUUUUGCUUCUGGAGCUGUGGAGCUAGUAAAGUCACACUCAUCCUACAGAGCAGCCCAGUGUUGUGCCUUUGUUCAUGACGUUUGCGAUGAUGGCUCACCCUACCCUUUUCCAGAUGGGAUCCUGGAUGUCAUUCUCCUUGUCUUUGUGCUCUCUUCUAUUCAUCCUGACAGGAUGCAAGGUGUUGUAAAUCGACUGUCCAAGUUACUGAAACCUGGGGGAAUGCUGUUGUUUCGGGACUAUGGAAGAUAUGAUAAGACUCAGCUUCGUUUUAAAAGGGGUCAUUGUUUAUCUGAAAAUUUUUAUGUUCGAGGAGAUGGUACCAGAGCAUAUUUCUUUACAAAAGAGGAAGUCUACAAUAUGUUCUGCAAGGCUGGGUUAGAUGAGAAGCAAAAUCUGGUUGAUCGUCGCUUACAAGUUAAUAGGAAAAAACAGGUGAAAAUGCACCGAGUGUGGGUUCAAGGCAAAUUCCAGAAACCAUGAUACUUCACUUGACUCAAAAAAGCUCCAAAUUGGUAUUUUCACUCCUUUCUCAUGGCUGAAUUAUGUACCACAUUAAGGUACAAACCAGAGGAUUAAACUAUUCUGUGACUUCUGUAAAUCUUUCAUUUUUGAAAAGACAGAAGAAAAGAAGAGAAUUUGUAUAUCCUGCUGUUUGUCAUGGGUGAGCUCUUUGUGUGUUUUAAGCAUAAGUAGGUGAUUUGGAAGAUUGCAAUAUAUUGUGUGUUUUCAAAAUUUAAUAUGCUCAAGCUUGUUUGGGUUAAUUAUGUCUAACCAUUUUGUUUGUUCUUUGAAUUUUAUAAGCAUUCAAUUAAACUGCAGAUGUAAGUCAGAUGA